AUGUCUGAACAAUACAAUUUCACUGAGCAGAUCCUCGAUGAUGUUAAUAACCAUGAUGUCCAAGACUGUAUUGCCAUUCUGAGGCUCGAGAACCACCUAGGCGACCUCCUGCAAGAGUUUCCUAUCUUCGACGGAGAAGUUGCGGAAAUUGGUAGAGAUCCCGACAGACACAGUGGUGGGCAGGAUGAAAUUCGUAGGAGGUACAUUACCCUCCCAGAUGACUUGCUAUAUCCCGUUGUCUCCAAAAACCACUUCCGCAUAUACUCGGUAAUCUUCGACAAAAAGGCGCACGACUUACAACCAUUGAUAUACUGCGAGGACCUAGAGUCUACGAAUGGCACCUAUGUCAAUGAUACUUGCAUCGGCAUGAUAGGUCGUGAGAGGAUCGCACAUUUGCUUAGCCACGGCGAUGUCAUAACCGUGCGGCCGGAUUGGCGAUUCCGGUUGUACCAGCCUCAAUUGACAGCUCUCAAAGGACUCAGCGGAAAGUCGGAAGACCUUGAGAUGCAAUACAGUGUUUCAAAGCGUAUUCUCGGUAGUGGGCAAUAUGGUUCGGUGUUCUUGGCCAACGAAGUUGCAACUUCCAAGCAAGUUGCUUGCAAGAUUGUUGAUUUCGAAAAGGCUAUUGAACAUCGCGGUGAUCCUUCUUCAUCCCCAUUCUUUGUCAUCGGCGGAUUGCAGGCAUCAUCAGGAAAGGACGCCAUCAUGCGCGAGGUCAAGAUACUAGCAGCUCUCAGUCACCCACAUAUCGUCAACCUGAGAAAGGUUUUCUACUCACAGAAUACCUUAUACACGUUCACCGACCUCGCCCCGGGUGGGGAUCUCUUCUCAUAUAUCGAAAAGUGCAGAGACUCGAUCACUGACUGCGAAGGCCGAAUUAUUGCCCGACAAAUUGUCAUGGCCUUGGAGUUCAUGCAUUCGAACGGCGUUGCACAUAGGGACAUCAAGCCGGAAAAUGUUCUUAUCAUGCAAACAGACUUUGGAGGACGCGUUGUUUUGACAGACUUUGGUUUUGCAACUUACACCCGUGAGAGAGCCGGGAGGAUGUUAUCCAAAGUCGGCACAGAUGGAUACCUUGCACCUGAGGUAGACAGAGUCGAGCGAACAAAUCAAAGCUACACGACGGCCGCUGACAUGUGGUCUCUUGGCGUCCUGACGGCGCAUCUUUUGACUGCUCAGUCAAUUUUAACACAAGAGGAAGUUCCUCGUCUCAGUCAGAUACAGAUAGCAGAGCGGUUCCUCGCAGUGGAGAGCAGAAAUCAGUUGAAGCCACGAGCCGUCAGAUUCCUUCAGAGACUCUUUGUCCUGAACCCGUCCGAUCGAAUGACGGCUGUUCAAGCACUCAAUCAUUCAUGGUUCAAGAAGCCAGAUUCGGAAGCAGCGGCUAUUGAGGAUGUCUGUAGAAAAAUGACCCGGUUCUGGAAGAAACGCGAUGACCAACCUGAUACGAUGAUCGAAGCUCUUCCCGGUGUCCGCAGAGAUGAUCGAGUAGAUGACGAGUCAAGUAGACAGUACAAGUCUCGGCGCAAAAUUCCAGAUGCCUCGUCAUACCAGUAUUUCGGUCUAGAAAGGCAUCUCCAACAGAGACCAUCUUCACAGAGACGGACACUUCUUGAAGACCUCAACAAGUCAGGAUCACAAUUCAUUGCUACCAAAGAAUCGAGCGUCAGCCGGCUCCGAGAUGCGUUCACCCACGGUAGCGAUAUAUUUGGAAAGAGCCAUGGGUUUGAAACCCAAUAUACCAACUCACCAGAGGACGACGAAGGAAUGUCUGUUAUUCCUACGACAACUUUCCCAAUUGAAAAGACGUACGGAUUCACUCUCAACGCUGCUACCAGUCCAUCCAAUCCUCAAGAUUAUUUUGCGGCUACGGACUUGGGGAACUCGCAGCAGGGCUCUAACUUGAAGAGAGUGAGGUUUGAGUCAGAGGAUCCGGAAGAGCGUGCUCUGAGAGACGCUGUUGCAAAGGCGGGCCCAAGAUGGCAGACCGCGAAGGAUUUCGGUGAUGCCCUCAAGAAGCGAAAGAUGGAACUUGUGGCACGGUCUGGAAAUACACAGAGACAGCCGCUGGGAACACUGCCUAUCAGGACCUCGUCAAAAUCCGCGUCAUAG